GCCUCUCGCAUAUCGCUAUCGCCCACCACUUCAUUGGCCACAAACUCUACGACAAAUCACCAACUCGACGCUUUUCCCUGGCGAGCUCGGAUCACCUUUUGAGAAUGCGACCUGGCAUCGUGCAGCGCCACAAUAGCAUUUUUCUAAUGAGCAGCACGGUACUCCCCAGCCCUUCAGCUUUUUCAUUAUACAAACCUCCACAACUUGUACGUCAACGGAUGCCGACGUACCAUUACCGUCCUGGAUUGUGACUUUUCACUACCUUUCCAAUUCCUGCUGAAUACCAUGAAUUCUUCAAGGACCUGGGUAUUCGCAUUCCCAAUCAUAAUAUAUCUCUGCACCAUCGUUGAAGGACUCCCCACAGCCUCACCCAACAUCAAUGUUACCAUAUCAGUUCCGGCUGGGACAUCCGAUCAUGGUGAUCCAAAUCUAUUGUGUACGCCUACGAAAUGGUUCGAUAUCUUCACCUUCUAUCUUGCGAAUUACUUCGCCCAUGCAGCAACUGUGAAGGCACUUCCUGGGGAGAGCACGACCGACCUUGCGUUUGCUGUGUUUCUGGCAAUUGCUUUCCCUUUUUCAGGAAUUGCUAGAGGUCUCCAGGCCAUCGCUCGACAUGCAUCAUUCUCUUGGGGACAGAAAUCCGUCUGUGGUGACCUACAAACAGCUGCCCGAGCUGGAGCUCUCUGUAUCGUUGUUCGGAACGAGUACUGGGAUGGCCGUGGCCUAUCGAUCGAAAGAGUGAAGCAAACUAUCGAUCAGUCCAAACACCACCUAGAAUAUAUCAGUCCUACUGCUCGGAAGAUUCACGGACUAUCCAAGCUCUCUGAGGGUUAUAGCUUAGCAAUAUUACCCUCCAAUGCAGAAGUAGUUCCCAGCAAACCGCACAAAGAAGGCUAUCAGCAAGAGAUUACCCUCUCCUCGUCAGCCAGCAUCCCACAAUCGAUGGUUGCCAUUUUCCAGGUGCUCUAUGCAUCGUACACAUUAUACAAAACUCGAGGCGAUCAACUGAAUCGAUACGGCUAUGCGGCAUUCGGUCUAACCGUUAUUCCGUACAUCAUCAUGUCCUUUCUCAACUUGUUGGGAAAUGUGUCGACGCCAGACUACCCCGCUUUGUACUUGGUAGGUUCAGCCGAACUGGAGGAAGCUCGGCUUAAGCAAGAUACGGUAAUCGAUGGAGUUAUCGGGAAAGUUGUCCCAGUGGGUUGGGGCGAAGAUUCUAAGGACUAUUUUAUGGGUCUUGAUCGCUGGUCCCUUUCACAUAAGGAUGGGCACGCGAAGACAUACCUCGCCGAGUGCUCUCCCUUCAAGACCAUGGACGGCGAGCAGCCAUAUCGCGGCCCAAAACCAUUACGCCGGGCAUCAUUUCUUUGGUGGGGUUUCAUGAUCUUAUUAGGCACGAUACCUUAUGCGGUUAUUGGUAGCUUGACACAGUUCCAUGCUGCUGAGAGCACGGAAGCUGAGCGUGUGCUCACUAUGUUUUGGCUUGCAUCUGGUGUUCUCAUUGGAGCGACUAUUCCAUUUAUCGGCUUCACUUUCCACGAGAUGGUGGAGAUUAUCAAGGGGUCUUUUAGUCAGAAGGCGUGGAACGAGGCUCGCAGAGCAAGGCAAACUGCCGAGGCCGCAAAGAAGGACGCCGAUGAGGCCAUGGAAGCAGCUCAAGCGACCGUGGGGAUAGCCAACGAGACUAAAAGGGUGGCUGACAAAGUUGCAGAAGAUGCUAAGGAGGCUCGAGAAGUACUCGAGGAGCGCAAGGAAGACCUCGAAAAGGCACAACACGAGUUCGAUAGUCAACGUUCUGCGGCGGUGACCAAAACUGACUCACAAUUACAAAUGUUGUAUGAUGCGCGCGACUCUCUGGAUAAGAAAUGGAUAAUCACACUUCAGCAAAAUAUCAAAGCGGCGAAGGAGCCGUCGAGUGCUCUUCAAACUAUUCAAACUCUUCAAACUAAGUCGGAUGCCCUAUAUCACGAGUAUAAGGACUACCAGAUCGAAGCGGAAAUUGCGAAGGACAGAGCGACUGAGAAGUUUAAAUUCAGCAGAAGAGCUAUGCUUCGAGCAGAGGAUCUGGCAAAGGCUGAAGAAGACAGGGCUAAAGCUGCAGUGGUAUUUCUAAUUUCAUUGAUGUUCUGCGCUGGCGCCAUAGGAGGGUUUGUCGUCGUUGGACAGAUGCUGAAGGAUUACGGCUCUUGUCUAUUGCUUUCCUGAUCUCACUUGUCAAAAUCAAAGGGGAUAGGGCAUUCAUCGGAGAACACUCGAAUUUUUGAAUGGCUUCUCGCCACGUUGGAGAAUCUUCGCAGGCAAGAGUUGAUGUAGUAGAUAGAGAAGUCCCUACUGGGAGUGAGCAAAUAAAUUAGUACUAACUUCGUACCGG